CCCCAAUAAAGCCCGGCCGGUCCUCGGGGCGGGCGCUCCCCGCACGCCCCUCACCCGGUGGGCCGGCCCGGGUGCCCGCCCCGCCCCGCCGGUAGCCUAGAAAAGCGGUGCCGGGGGUAGCAAACUGCUCGAAGGCACCGAGGGUUUCCCCCGUCGACCAUGAAGAACCCGGUGCCGCAGGCGGCCUCGCUGCUGCUGGAGAAGCUGAUGCUCCUCGUCCACAUCCGGCCCUUGCCCGCGGGCUCCAGCGGGGAGACGCCACCGCCUGCCCCCGGCUACUACGACACCAGCUGCUUCAAGCGAGGAGACCUGCUGGAGGUGCCCCGCACCCUCUUCAUCCACUUCGGCAUUUACCUGGGCGAGAACCGCGUCGCCCACUUGAUGCCCGACAUCCUGCCCGUCAUCACCAGCGACCGUCGGCAGAUCCAGCAGGUGGUGACCAACAAGCGGCUCAUCCUGGGCGUCAUCGCCAGGACGGCCAGCGUCCGGGUGGACACGGUGGAGGACUUCGCCUACGGYGGCAGCAUCCUGGUCAACCACAUGGACCGGCUCUUCGAGGACCAGGUGCUGGGCAGCGAGGAGGCGGCCCGCAGGGCGGAGAAGCUGGUGGGCACCACGGCCUACAGCCUGCUCUGGAACAACUGCGAGCACUUCGUCACCUACUGCCGAUACGGAGCCCCGGUCAGCUUCCAGACCGACAAGUUCUGUGAGACUGUGAAGAUGAUUAUUCGGGAUCAGAGAAGCGUGCUCGCAUCAGUGCUUGUGGGACUAGCGUCAAUAGUCUGCCUCGGAUGGGCACCCUCCACCACGCUCCCCACCAUCCUGAUUCCCUUCUUUCUGUGGAUGGCUGGCUAACAGCCUUCCUGGAGGCUUCCAUCUAGUGUCUGUAUAUAGGAUGUAUACUACUGUAUUUAUGAAAGCAAAAAUUACUCACUGGCAUCAUGUAAAGUUUCUUAAUUUUGUGCACCACUUUAAAAURCAGCUUUGUCUAGAACACAGUGCACAAUGCAUAGCUUACUGUGUAAGCCAAAUAACAGAUUUCCUGAAAAUCUUGGUAUAUUUUAACACAUCUUUAAAUCAUGAAAAAGUAGGGUUGCGAUGCAGUUCUGCUCCUUAUCUUUAGCCAAAAAUGAUUCUGAUAACAUCCUUCAUGUUCUUCAGUUCCUUAGCUGCAUAACUGGGUGCCAUAACUAUUAAUAAAAAGAGCUGAUGGAGUUCCACAAAGUGAGGGAAAUGGAGAACAAACUGCUUACCUCUUCCUUUUAUAGAUACAGUGUAUAUUCAGAAAUUACUAUCUCCAUUCCUAAAAUACUUCKUGGUGGAAAUGUAAGUAAAUUGACUCUUUUGAGAGUGAAGAAGAAAAACCAACCCUGGUCUGGGUGCUGCAGGGGCACAUCUGGCCAGCCUGGGUAAAGUCAUUUCCCUUCUGGGAUGUUCAGAAAUCUGUCAUUUGUAUUAAUUGUGUAAACACUUGCUACUGUAUUGAACAAGUUUUUAAUUGGAUUAGUAUAAGGAGAGAUGGUAAUCCCUCACCAAUUUCUUUGCCAGUGAUAGUGGUUWAUAUGGCUAAUAUAAAUGGCUACAGAGGGAUUAAGGAGCUAUAGGACAAAAUUAGUUAUGACAACUAGUGAUGUACAGAUGUUGGACAUUUCCAGCAUUCCAGGACACGUGGCAGGGAGGAGGACAGACACCAAUUUAGUCCUACCGUUCCUCAGCAGUGGAACCUGUGUCRGUGCUGUAAAAUAUCAGGGAUCAUUGGAAUGGUUUCUGUGGUGGCUGUACUGUGAUUUUGGAUAUUGCCUUAAAGCACUUUUUCAGUGAAAGACAAUAUGUCAUCCUGUACUUACCUCUUGUGAGGUAAUAUUCACUUUCAAAAGAGCAGCUGGUGCUAGAAAUGUUUUAUCUCCAAUGCUGAGGCCUUUCAGUUUAUCAAGAAUGUGUAAAGUUGGAUUUGAAAUCAAGUUCAUGUAGACAAUUGUUGAAGUGCURAAAACCUUUGCUAUUUUUUUUCUUAGCAAGGUCUUUUAUGUAUGCAGAGAAAUUGUUCAGCUCAUUGAAUGCCUUGUGUGCAUGCAUGUACUGUUCACAAGCUGUGCUUGCCUUCCUUUCUAGUCAAAGGCCAAUAUGAUGGUGUCUUCACCAAGGGCUCAACCUCAGAUUGCCUUCUGUUAGUGGUAUGCAGUGUCCUGCCAUCAGCUGUUACUGAAAUGGCCACUUGCCCAUUUUUAGAGAGACUCCUUUUAACUGUGCUUUAAACCCUCUCCUCCUUCCCCUAGACCUUCAAGAUGCUCAAAGAUUGGAUUUUUAGAACUGUGAUACUUGAYUACUCUUUAAUCAUCUUCUGGCUGCUCCACCAUAACUGACAAAGAAUGUAAAGACUGGGGUGAAAUUCCAGCUCAUAGGAAAGAGCAGCAUGACUCCUUGCUGGCAUCAAAUAAGAGGGGAUUUCAGCCCAGCUUUCACUUCAUGUUCAGUCGACAGCCCAGCUCCAAGCAGCUGGAUAUCAAUUACUGCUGGAUCCUUGUAAACAACUUCUGUUCUGCUUUGAAAGAUUGCAAUGCUCAGUGUAACUGUUUCUGGUAAACUUUUGAAAUUAAGGUGUUUUUUAAUUAACAUGAAUUACUUUUUCAUAGUGUAUGCAUUAGUAAUAUUUACAUAAACUCUAGUGUUUUUUUUUUACUUGCUGUGAAUAAGGCAUGUGAUGUAGUCAUUACUGUAAUUAUAUAAAUAGAUUUUAUUCAUUUCAAAAUGUCUACUGGCCUCUUGAAAUUGAGUGUAGUGCUAUAGCAUUACUCUAAGAUAUCCCAGUAGAGCACUGAACAGGCCAUUAACAUACAGUUACAUGGUGUCUGAUUACAGGUGGGCUUUUCUUUUACCCUUUAUUUAAUUAGGAUUUAUAAGAAUUCCAGUAAUUCUUACAACUCACAUAUACAAUAAACAACGGGGUCAUGACCAGUAUCCAAAUCACAAGUGGGACUGUUGAAAGGCAGAGAAAUAUUCCUGCUCUAGUUUCAGUGUCAAAGGACCUGUGCUCCUGUACUGCUAAUGCUGUUGAGCAAAAAGCAUCCAGAUUCACUAAAUUGGGAUUUUCAUAGGUGUCUUCAAAAGAAAUGAAAACAGUUUCUUGCAGGCUUUCAGAUGUAUUAGUAGAGAAUUUUCCUUUAGCAUUUUAAGUUUUAAACUGAUGAAACGSUAUGAAAUGGUCUAGAAUGUCUUGCUGUAUCCUUUCAUCAAAGACAAGUAAUGAUGUGGGCAUAGGAACAGAAAUUCAGCUGUAUGUUUAUGCAUUUUUCCUACCAACUAUAAUUCUAGCAAAGAUCUGGAAAUUUUGUUGAAGUCAGGCAUGAGUCAAAUCAGUCAUACUCUGAGGAGAAAAACAAGMCUAGCAGGCAUGAAUUUUCCUGUUCAGCUCAGCGAAUGGUGUUUGUGCUCUGAAAUAUUUUGGUAAAUGUCAGUGCCGACUUUUUUUUCUGUAAUUACUUGAGUAAAAAUAAGCACUUGACCUAGCUGGAGCAUUGCAUUUCAGACUUGAGCUCAACUGUGAUGUCACUGAAAUGAAGGAGGUAGUUAUAAUAAGAMAAACACAGAAAACUGUGGAGCAGUUCAGCUGUUGGGGAAAUGUGUGUGCUUAGAAGUGAAAUUGUUCAUCGGUAACUGUAAGUGAUGGUGAUGGGGAGUGUAAAUCUAGAGCCACAGCUCAUUUUAGUGGGGGCUGUUUUGAAAAGCUGUGUGGUUAAACCAGAAAACGUAAUAAGGGAGUAUAACCAUCACCCCUGUGCCGCUGGAAAAGGUUAGUGAAGACACCAAGUUUAAAGGAUUUCUUUCCAAGGAAAACAAAAAUAAAAUGAACAAGGCUCAAAAUGUUUUUACAAAACCCAUUUAAAAGAAAUGAAAAAAAAGGUAAGUUACUAAAUGAAAACAUUAGAACAGUGUGCUUUCUGGUUUUCUGUUUGCAUUUAUUUUAGCUUAGAACAUAAAUGAUUACUCAUUUUGUGGUKAACAGUCAUCUGCUGCUAGAUUUUACUUUGCAUCCUCCUGUGCUGAAGGAGAAUGCUUCAUAUAAAUACCAUUGAAACUUUUAAUGAAAAUAAAAUUAUAGCAAUACUUGUUAAAGUCUGAAGAGAUGGGCAAGAGGGAAUUAAACUUGUGUGUGACUUGACAUCAUCCAGACAGGUUUUAGAACGCAAACUGCAGCAACAAGAAACUUUAGAACUGUGAUCUCUAGAAAUUACAUGGUGCUCUAUUACUUAUAGCAUGUUCUCACAUUAAAUAAAGCACCACACACACCACUGGAUGAUACAGAACAUGUUGGACAGUCAUUCGUUAGCAUCUCCUUUAUCUAUUGUAACUAAAAAAGUUCUCGGGUGACUUGGAGCCAUUUCCUCAUGCUUUGUAAUAGGUUUUGACCUGAUUCAUCUGAAUACCUAACUGUCAUGAAUGAGUUUCUAAUGGGAAGUGAAGAUAGAAAAGCUUGGUAGUUUUGAGGCUCUUUGCCGUAGUGCAUUCCAGUUUCUUGUCAGCCUUACAAAAAUAUUUCAGUGCAUUGUGCUGGUAGAAUAAAYCAUCUCUGCUACUGUAGGAAUAGAACACUAAAAGUAUUUGAAGGCUCUUUUUGGCAUCAUUUCUUUGAAAAAAUUAUUCUGUUGUGUUUUGUUAUGUAGUUUCACUUCUGAAGUCAAGAGAACAUUUAGGAUAUGGUCCUGACUGCUCGAGACUGUGGGAGAAGGGAGGCAAUGAGGAGAUCUUUAGGAGGCUUAAAUCAGAAUUAUAUUGAUUGCACAACCAUAGUUCUGCCUGUCAUAAAACUGCGGAUUUGGAUUUACUGUUUCUGCGUCUCACAAGGUAGAAAACUUUCUGUAAGACGUUCUGUAGCUUUUUAAUGUUUUCCCUGUUUUAUAAAUAAAUAAAUGGAGCAGCACAUUUAGCCCUUGGGGGAGGUGGCUGUUUCAGUUCAGCACCAUGCUAUCCCA